GGCAUGCAUUAAUCAGUUGAUGCCUUACCUCAGAAACAUUAAAGUGAAAUUGUUUUUUAGAAUUUAAAAUGUCUUCAUUUAGUACUGCCGUAAACAGCUUGGGUCAGAGUGGGCCACCUUGUCUGACCCCCCUCUCUAUCAGGAAAGCAUCUCCCGUUUCCAGCAUCCCACGAGCGGCUCUUUGGCCGUAUAUAUUUUUGAUUGUGUUUACAUCAUGCCGCCUAAUCGAAGGCGCUAGGUCUGGUACACACAUUGGAGCAAACAAUGUCAUAAGCCCGGAGACCCAAAUAGGGAACAAUUGUAAUAUCGGUAACGACAACGUGAUUAACACAAACACAGUUAUUGGCAAUGAUUGUACCAUUGGGAACAACGUGGUUAUAACAAAUUCGCAUAUUGAGGACGGUUCUUACAUUGGUAAUAACGACGUCAUCAAAGAUUCGCGUAUCAAAAACGGCUGUCGUGUUGGCAACAACGAUGAGAUUAAUAGUUCAGACAUUGGAAUCCGUUGUAAAAUUGAAAAUAACUCGAUAAUCACAAGGUCUACUAUUGGCAACGAUGGCACGAUUGGGAAUAACGUGAAUAUUGCUGAUAGUCGAAUUAAAAAUAAUGUUGUUGCUAGGGCCAACAGCGAGGUUGUUAACUCAGAUAUUGGUGAUAAUGUUUACAUUCCUGAAAAUACCAAAAUUGUGAAUAGACAUGAUGGUUAAAACACCCAAGACAACAAAGCAUUGACUUUGAAAAUUAUAAAUAACUUGAAAACUCGACGGGUUCAUCCAGUGUCUAAGUAGCUCAGUUGGAAGAGCAGUCGCCCGGCAAGCGGAAGGUC